CUUGUUGCAGCUAAGAUGCGUCUUAAUCAAAACACGUGAAAUUGAAAACACUGUUCGAUUUAGUACCAUAUUCUCAACGAAAGACUUUGGAUCCACUGGUAGGCUUUUCUUUUUAAAUAACAUUCUAAACUAAAUGCAUAAUUUGAGACAUUAUAUAAUUAAUUCCAGAUUUAAGAAAGAAAAAACACAAGGUUUACUCGUCAAGUGAUGGAGUAAAGUUUUCCGGUUUGCCAUUUAUGUUUGUUGGAACAAAAAUUUUGGAUUGUCAUCACGGAAAAGAUAGGAACCUAAAUUUGAAACUAUCAGUUAAAGAAAAAAGAGAAAAGGAACUGCAAAACGAUCAUGGGUGUAGAAGGAAACACACUCGGAUUGCAGAUUGUAAAAAGUUUGAUUGUCCGGCACAAGUUAUCAUCACAGAAAUGAUAGAAUUCCCAGAGUAUCCAGUAGUUUUACAUUUUGAUUUCUUUUUUUUUAGAUAUGAAAUUUAUGAAAACAGUAAUACAACUUUGAUGUAUUUUUUAUUAAAUACUAUUUAGGUUGUAAAUGACACGGUGCGUAAUAUUAGCAGUCAUGAAGGUCAUAUAGUAACAAAGGUAGAAGUUCAAUUGAUUCAGGCAAUAUGAUUUAUACUUCUGUUUAAAAGUAAUUUUAAUUGUUUAUCUAUUUUUCUAUUUGGGAUUCCGGUAUAACCCAAAAAAUAGAUUCAGAAAUUGUUUCCAAAAUCGAUAUGUAUGUAAAGGAAGGUGUCACGGACACGAAAGAGACGAAAAGAUUGUUGAAAAUACAUGUCAAGAAAGAAAUGUUUAAGGAAACAAAAUUGCCAGAACCAUCAAAUAAAAGAUUUUACCCACGGAAUGCAACAAUACGUAACCAUGUAACUCAUAUUAGAAGAAAGUUGUGUCAUUCACUUAUCGAUCAAGAGUGCCUUCAAAAAAAGAUAAAAGAAUGGACAGAUUCAGAUCCAACCACUAAAAUAUACUUUAGACCUAAAGAAUUGUUGGCAAAAAAGAUUGUUAGAAAAGUAUGCAAGCGAAAUGAUAUUACUCGAUGCUACAUACCGUACCGAAAUUGUAAGAAAAAUGAAGGACGAUGUUCCAAAAGAAAGUGGCGUUCCCUUGCUGCAAAAGUUAGAUGUGAAACCAGAUAAGAAAACUUCAUAUAAAUAUAUGUCACUUCCGA